AUGGGAUAUAAGAUAUAUUCUAACUCUGACUUAGUUCAAACAGUAACAUGGGCAAACUAUGAAUGGUUCGCUUUGAGAAACUCAGUACAACCACAAGCUAGAGAACAAACAGACCAGUAUGCAAAUAUUGAGAAAAUAAGAAGACUUGACCCUAACGUUCCAGGAGUUUAUGUUAACCUUUCUGGUUCAGAUGGAACUGCUGCCACUAAAGUAAAACUGAAACUUAGAGUUCCUUUGUCAUCUUUCCUCAUCUUCAGGUUUUUAAGAUACUUGCCAAACUGGGCAGGAAAAAUUUCUAUUGAACUUACUCCAAGCAAAAAUAACUUAGUCAUUGCACCAACACAAGACCCAUUCAGCAUUACUGUAGCUGGAACUGGUGGAGCCAAGUUCUGUGACUUUUGCAAAGACAAAGUUGACUUAGACUUUGGUUUCUCAAACUUCAACAAUGAAGUAAACUAUUAUUUCAAUGCUGCUGGAACUGCUUGGGACCCAGUUAAGUUCACAUGCGAAAAGUUUGAAUGCAAGAGAAUAGAAAGCAGACUUGCAGUCUAUAUGUUGGACCCAGAUAUUUCAAAUGCUUUAGCUGCCAAAUAUAUUGCAGUUCCACUUAUGUUCCCUAUACACCAAAUAUCUGUCAAAGACUUUGCAGGUGAAGUUGGAAACCAAAGUGCUGACCCAGGUGCAAGAACAGAUAUUGCUUUAACAACUGCAAUGAAACAUGCAGAUACUAUGUUUGUACUGUUCAGACGAACUAUAAAUGACUAUUCUUGUUUCUACAACCCCGGUAUUAAAUAUCAUAUAAACAUAGAUGGCAAAUAUUAUCCAAGAGAAGAAUAUUCUACAGUUGAGGAUAUGAG